AUGGACGAAUUGGAGCACUUGUAUCCGAGGCGGAUAUGGACGUGGAUUGUGUGGCCUAUACUCGACUCUCUCAAUCUGGGCAAUCUGACACAGGGAGACCGGCUACCGCACAUCACCUGGUGUCCUACUGGUGCUCUCGCACAGCUGCCAUUGCACGCAGCCGGCAUAUACGACGAGCCAUACGGCCUGUACACGUAUGAUCUUGUGGUGUCCUCGUACAUCCCCUCGCUCUCAACAUUCGGACAUGCUCAUGGGGUGUCUUCUGAGUCGCGUCCAGCCCAUGGAGCGCUGAUAGUCACCCAACCCUCCACUCCCAACCUGUCAUCGCUCCCCGGCACGGUCGAAGAAGGUACUCGACUCCGAGAGAUCCUGGAGACAUCCGGAGUGAAGACGAUCUGGCUGAACGACCGCUCUGCGACCGUCAACGAAGUCCGCACGGCGAUGAAGGAGCAUCCCUGGGUACAUCUCGCCUGCCACGGCUCACAGAAAACCGGGGAUGCAACACGCAGUGCUUUCCACCUCUUCGACGGCGUCCUCACACUAUCCGACCUCAUGGGCAUCGUUGCCGAUGAUGCAGAGCUUGCAUUUCUUUCCGCAUGUGAGACCGCUGUAUGCGACAAAAAGACACCAGAAGAGUCGGCGCACUUUGGGGCCGGGAUGCUCGCGGUUGGGUACAAGGGCGUCAUCGUGACCAUGUGGUCAAUCCAGGACGCGGACACGCCCGUCGUGGUCGACGCGUGCUACAAGGACCUGCUGGCGUUGAGAAGCGGAGGCAAGCUCGGGCAAGGGGAGACAGGUGCAGCGUAUGCGCUGCAUGAGGCGACGAGGGUCCUGCGAGAGAAGAUGGGGGAGAGCAACUUGUUGCGCUGGGUUCCGUUUGUCCAUUUCGGCGUGUAG